GCUGCUCCAGCUGGCUGAAUUGCGCGGAAACACACCAGAAGAAGCAAAGAAGAAAAAAACCGUUCUUGCGCCGUGUUGUGCGUGCUGUGCGUUGCUGGGUGUGUGUUUGAUCUCAGCCCCGCACUGCUUACCGGUGUGCGUGUGCGUGUUAUUUUUCCUCGCACCCGCCACUCCCUCGCGCUCUCUCUUUCCCGUGCCUCAUCUGCACGUUCCCGUGUGAGUGUCUACUUCUUACCUGCUCCACGACCCAACAAAGCAAAAGAGCAAACGCUGCAUCGCUCUCUUUGAAGAAGCAACAAGCAAGCGUGAGUUUGCCCUAUUUUUCUUUCUUCUUGAAGUCUUUCGGGUGGAUUGCGUAGCUGUGUUUGAGCACCUCUCCAUAUCUGCUGGUGCUGGCUGCUGUGGCAGUUGUGUUUGUUUGUAUUCGCGUGCAUGGUUCAACCAACACUCCAUCUCAUCCCUCCUCCUCCUCUAUCCCAUUGCGCUUGUCAUUUGCCCAUUGCUUAUCGUUGGCCUUUCGUUGGGUUCCCCCCGCCACACUUUGCUGUUUGCUGAUCCGGCAUCCCCCUUGCAGCGCCACACGAAGUAAUCCCAGAACUCCACCACCACCUACCCACCGCAAGCAAGAUGGGCAAACUCUUCCGAGAGUACCUGAACAACAGCUGCGUGUAUUCGUGCUCCAACUGUCACACCCACCUGGCCGCAGAGGAUGCCCUCGUCUCAAAGGCCUUCCAAGGGCGCCUCGGCCGUGCCUACCUCUUCAACGAAGUGGUGAAUAUUGAAUGCGGACCUGCAGAGGAAAAGAUGCUCAUGACGGGGCUUCACUCCAUCCGCGAUGUCCACUGCUCACAUUGCCGCGCCUAUCUCGGCUGGAAAUACGAGAUGGCAUUUGAGCAGGAACAGAAGUACAAAGUGGGCAAGGUCAUCUUGGAGAAGGAGCACACACAAAAGGAAAACGGGUGGAGGUAGUCCUCUUGUUCCUUUUGUUCCUCGUGUCCUUGCCCCCUUGCUUGCAUUGUCAUUCUCUCUUCUUUCCUCUUGUCUCUUGUCUCUCCUCCUCUCUCGUGUUUCUUCUCUCUUUGUCGCUUCUCUCUCCUCUUCCUCUUUUCUCGUGCUUUUCUGACCUACGAUAUGGAAACCCUUCUCUCUCUCCCCCUCGCUUUAUUGCGUUUUGAUUCAUCUUUCCUACUGCUGGCGGUGUACCAUCUUCCCCUCCUAUUCUCUACACGAUCCUUCCUACUUGAGCACCCUUGCAUCCGUACAUAUCAGCACCUCGCGCGUUGGUUGGCAGAAAUGCAAGUAUCUGAUUUCUCUUCCCCCCGCCCCCGGCCGCAACAGCAACCGUUCACUUGCGUUCACUUGCGUUCACUUGCGUUCACUUGCGUUCACUUGCGUUCACUUGCGUUCA